AAAGUUUUUAAUGCAAAAGCAUCGUCUCCUACAAAUACAUAUGGGAGGAAUUCUGUACCACUGGAAAGUUGUUCUGGUGGCAAAUCUAUCCCACCGAUAUUCCUCAGUCUGUCUUGGUUGGUUUGAUCAUAUAAAGCAUAGGGACACAGAAACUAAUUUUUGGGAGGAGAACACUGAAGAACCUAUAACCACAUCAGAAUCCCUUCCACUAGGAGAAAAUUUUGUUACAAUAAAUAUGCAGGAGUUUGACCUAACCGCAUGGUCUCCCUCAACAAGUAGAAGUGAUUCAAAUGUCAGUGAAAAUUCGUGUACAACACCUACAUUACCUACUACACCUACCACACCAGUAAGUAAUGACCCUUUUGCCCCUUCCACAAUUGCUUUGAGUAGAGCUGUGGUAAACCCGACAAAGGGCUGUAGAAAGAGAUCUGCACAUUUAGAGACAGCAGUUUUUGAAAGACUUGAUUCUUUGAAAAAGAUUAGAGAAGAAAGAGAAACAAAACAUAUGAAAAUUGAUGAAGAAAGUCGCUUUUCAGAUACUGUGGCUGACACUCUCCGAAAGCUUCCAGGCAAGUUGAAGUCUGAAGCUAAAUUUUCCAUUCAUAAAAUAUUGUUUGAAAUGGAACAAAAACUUUAUGAAAACAAUGUAGACCAAUAA